UGUUGAUUGACAAUUGACUAGGUACAUGUAGCGUACGUUAGGUUAGGUACUUAAUGCUACAUAAUGUAAGGACCUACAUGCUUGCUCAGGACCGCCCUAAACUUUAUUUAUUUAAGGAACUCAUGUCAGCUCUACCUCAAGUUUGGUGUGGGUCUAACUACUAUACCUUUUCGUAGCCGGAAGUUUCAUCCAUUCCAUCUAGGUUAGACUUUUAGCGUCCGUAAGCACGGGAAACGACACUUUACGGAAUCCAUCAAUCUUUGGUAAAGCAGCUGUUUUAUCACUAAGAUACCUAGUUAACUACCUACCUAAUCCUUUCAAGCUGCGAUAAAAAUAAAGCAGAGGAAUCUCGGCCGAGGAGCACAACUCUUAUCAUACCGCGACAAACAAGAGACCUUGGAAGACUAAUUACACGAUGGUCCGCGCUAUCAAAGGGACUUUGGUUGAGUGCGAGCCCUCAAUCAAAUCCAUCAUCGUCAGUAUCGACAGCCAGAACAAUGAGUAUAUAAUUGAGGAUCUCGACGAAUCUCACCUGGUAAUCAAAGAUAAUAUGGUGGCCCAGUUGAAGAUGGAACUCGAUAAGCGAUUGAAGGAGAACGUCCCCGAAGUAGAGGACGACUCCGAUUCGGACCGGGAUGUUCAAUAAAAGGAAUUCAAUGGCUACCUAGGUACCUAGGUAGACGCCCCUAUAAAACAUCGACAAAUGUAAAUUCUUAUAUAAUUCGCUUCGUACACAGCAGUCUAUCAAUUUA